AAAAACAUUCACCCAUUCAACGGCCCUACCGACAAGCAAUUCCUUUCCAAUCCAAUCCAAAGCAUUUACUCUGUAUUACUUUGCGCCAAAGAAAUAAAGUACACACACACACACACACACAAAAUGGAGGCUACCACGCGCCUCACCGUCCUGAUCUCCGGCAACGGCACCAACCUGCAAGCCGUCAUCGACAGCAUCCAAGCCAAACAGCUGCCCGCGACGAUCGCCAGAGUGAUAUCCAACAGGAAAGAUGCCUUCGGCCUCGAGCGCGCCACACGCGCGGGCAUCCCGACGCUCUACCACAACCUAUUAAAAUACAAGAAAGCGCACCCGCCGACGGAAGAAGGCGUGCGGGCCGCGAGGGAAGAGUACGACGCGGAAUUGGCGAGGUUGGUGCUGGCUGAUUCGCCGGAGCUGGUGGUGUGUCUGGGCUUCCUGCACAUCCUGUCAAGAACGUUCUUGGAGCCGCUGGCGAAGGCUGGUGUGGAGAUCAUCAAUCUGCAUCCGGCGCUGCCGGGGCAGUUUAAUGGCGCACAUGCAAUUGAACGCGCGCACGCGGCGUGGUUGGAAGGAAAGAUUGACAAGACCGGAGUCAUGAUUCACAAAGUUAUUGCGGAGGUAGACAUGGGCACGCCUCUGCUUGUGAGGGAAAUACCGUUUAUCAAAGGAGUUGACGAAGACCUGGAAGCACUGGAGAAGAGAAUACACGAGAUAGAGUGGAAGGUAGUCGUGGAAGGGGUUCAAAUUGCUAUAGACGAGAUACGAGGGAAGAACAAGUCGGCGGGCACGUCGUAAAGAUGAA